AUGCACCUACACCUCCACCUGCAAGUCACUAUUCGUGACUUUAGAUCUGUAUACAAUUACUGGUUGUUCAGUUUUGAACAAUACAACAGUAUUCUAAAAACCAUAAAGACCAACAGGAAAACUGAAUUUGAGCUGAUGUAUGCAAGCAACGAACCUCUCCCACCAACUGCAUUUCAUUUGGCAAAGAAACCUUUGUCACUGAUACCAACACCUGAAUAUAACUGUCUCAUUGACUACUACCAGAUUGCAUACAAUGACGGGAUGAUCUCUAAUUGCAAGAAUGAUAUGAUGAGUUCAUCAUUUGUAAAUAACCAUAUUGAGAUAUUGAAGUCUAUUAACAUACUAGAGCAAGUUUAUAAGGGAUGUAAUAGCAAUGGACGUGGUUCCUACAUCCAAGCUUUGUUUGAAGAAAAUUGCAUGAAUGCCCAUUAUAGUUACAUUGGGGAGAUUUAG